UCAACCCCCCGAGAUAAUCCGCUUGAAGGCCGCAUUAUUGUAUAUUUCAGUGUGUUCAAAAAACGAGUGUACCUAAGUGCAAUAUUUAUAAAAAUUAACAAAAAAACAUUUACGAUAGUUGUAAUAUGCGGUAAAAUCAAGUUGAGAUAAUAACAGUGAUGGUGCAGACUACGAAUCUUUGAAUAGAGUCGCAUAUUCCUUACUCGAGCUGGAAUCGACGGACUGUUGAGUUAUUGUAAUAAUAAUUCUUACUGAUCAAGAUAUAUUGGUGAUCGACACCGUUCCGUACUGAUAUAAUAAAUAUAAACACGGUCGCUAAAAAGUGACCACUGACACACGCACACACACAACACGAACAAAAAACGGGGCUUUAACUCAGGGCAAAACGGUACGAGUGUUGAAUUAUUAAGAACCCACCAGUGAAAAAACAAGUCCGUAAGAUUCCGUCUCGUUACACCGUCCGGGCUGGGCAAUCCUGAAUAAAAUUAGACUAAUCGUAAUAGUAAGACAUAAUUAUUUAAGAUAACCUGAACAAAGUGUAGCUAGAAACAAUCGUAAUUUCUAAACUUAGUGUUCUACGCCAAGAACACGCGCGUAAUAGAAUAAUUCUAAUCCUAAAAAAAAAUUGAGACAGUGCGACAGUGAAAAAACCUGCUUGAUGUUGAUCAUCACUAAUUGCUUAGCUGACCUCCUGGUAAGGAAGAGAGUCCUGGGGCCGGGGACCACUAAUCAAGGCCACUAAGAGUCGUCCUCGCCGGUGCCUUAGAGGUUGAAGUGUGCCAAAAAAGCGGGCAAGCUGCGCCGUAAAGGGGUAGCACGGGCUUCGCGCGAAGGCCUCAAGAUUUCGGACGCGACGGCCCUGGACCUGCGCGCCCAGUCGCAAGCCCAUCCGGAUUUUGUUGGCCUGGAGCAGCAGCACCACCAUCAGCAGCAGCACCAGGUCCAAAGUCCGGAUCACAUUUCCCAUCACCAGAACAGACACCUGCUCCAGCAACAUCACCAUCAUCUCGCAAACCACGCUGGAGAUUCGGGGGGUGGGUUAGGCGGCGGAGGACCAGGACCUGGUAUCAGUCCUGGGCUCACUGUCGACCCGAAUUCCGUCAGCAUUCAGAACCAGGUCGCAGUGGCCGCCGCAGCGAUCGAGGAGGCCAGGAGGCUCCAAGAGGAAGACGAGGACAUCACAGAAAGGGAAGACGAGGAGGAAGACGAGGAGCCGAGUUCUCCCGAGCCGGACCUUGAGCCGGACCAAGAGCCCAUGGAGGUCCAGGCCUCUGCGGUUUCUGCUGCUGCGGCUAAUCUGCACGCGCUCAGGCAGCAUGUCUUCAAGAUGUCCGACUACUGGCAGCAGCCGCAACGGGGGCCGCCUCAGAGUUCUCCUGGGCUGCAGCACAGUCCGCUGCAGAACCAGCAGAUCCAGGUCCAGCAGCAACAACAGCAGCAGCAACAACAACAGCAGCAACAGCAGCAGCAACAGCAGCAGCAACAACAACAGCAGCAGCAGCAGCAACAGCAGCAGCAUCAGGUGCACAGUCCAAUGCACAGUCCUCUGGGCCAGCAGAACCAGAGCAACAACAGCGGUAUGCCAAGCAAUUCUAGCCUUGGACCAAGCCCCAACGCGAUGCACCACGCGAUGGCAAUGACUCAGAACUCUCAGCAGCAGUCAUCACCUGCUCCGACGACGCCGUCGCCGCAUCAAAGAGAGCACCAGGGCACGAUAAGCUCGUCUAUGGCCCAGAGUUUGCACAAUCUUGCUCAAGCUCAAGCUCAAGCUCAGCAGACAAUGUCGCAGGCUUCGAGUCCGUCGCUGACCGUCCAGGCCGUCCAGGCUGCUCAAGCGCUUAAUCAGAAUCUUGGACAGGCCCUGAGUCAGGCGCUCAGCCAGAACAUGCAGCAGAACCUCGGACAGACGCUUCAGCACAAUUUGCAGAGUCUGUCGCCCCAACAGCAGAUGAAUCAGCUGAAUCAGCCUCAGAAUCUGAGUCAGAGUCAGAAUCUGCAGCAGAGCUUGCAGCAAAAUCAGGCGCAGAAUUUGAGCCAUUCUCUGCAACAGCAAGCUCAGAAUUUGAGUCAGAAUCUUCAACAGGGGCUCAAUCAGCAAGCGCUUCAGCAGCAAGCGCAAAAUUUGAGUCAGAGCUUGAAUCAGCAGAGCUUGCAGCAGCAGGCUAUUAAUAUGGCGGGGAUGAAUCAGAAUGGAGGAGUUCCUGGGAUGAAUGUUCAGAAUCAGCAGAAUUCGCAGAAUUCUAUGAUGAGUCCCGGGACGGGCAGUCAGGACUCGCAUGACGCUACUCUCACGGAGAAACUUGUCAAUGAACUUCAGUCUCGUGCUACGGCUGCUGGUCUAGGUGGUGGUGGACCCGGUGCCGGGGGUGGAGGAAUGGCUAACAUCAACGAACGCACCCUCGAGGAAUGCUGGUCAACUCUGCAGCGAUUCUUCUCGCAGAUCUUCAUGCACAAGAGCGCAAUGCAGAGUGCAAUGCACGCUCGGGAUCUCGGUCCAGGCGGACUUGGCAGACCAGGCGGAGUUCCCGGCGGUCUUGCUGGGCUAGGAGUCGGCGUUGGACCAGGCGGCAUGAUAACCGGCAAUGAAGUUAAACCACACCAGUGUCAACAAUGUCUUAAAUCAUUCUCAAGUAAUCAUCAGCUAGUACAACAUAUAAGAGUCCAUACUGGUGAGAAACCUUACAAAUGUAGUUACUGUGAUCGAAGGUUCAAACAACUUAGUCAUGUACAACAACAUACACGCUUACAUACCGGCGAAAGACCGUACAAAUGUCACUUACCGGAUUGCGGUCGCGCAUUUAUCCAGCUGUCUAACCUCCAGCAACACCUGAGGAACCACGACGCCCAGGUAGAGCGGGCCAAGAACAGACCCUUCCACUGCAGCAUCUGCGGAAAGGGAUUCGCCACCGAGUCAAGCUUGAGGACCCAUACGUCGAAGGUCAGUCAUGAGUUGCAACAGCGUGUUGUGUUCCAGCAACAUGCGGGACUAAUUGGCGGGCCAAACGCAACAAGCUGUCCAAUCUGUCACAAACUCUUCCUCGGCGGCGAGGCACUCAUGGAACACAUGAAGAUCACCCACAAGGACCCCAACGCCUCUGGUGUUGCCAUUCCCCCUGCUGACUGCACCACCUCGGUUGCUGGGGUUUACCUAGCGAAACGUCGGACUGCGAACCAUCCUUGCCCAGUAUGCGGGAAGCACUACGUCAACGAGGGGAGCCUGAGAAAGCACCUGGCAUGUCAUCCGGAAACUAGUCAACUAAGUACCAAUUUAAGGAUGUGGCCGUGUUCUGUUUGCCAAGCCGUCUAUACCCAUGAGAGUGGUCUGCUGAGUCACAUGGAGCACAUGAGAAUGGAUCCCAAGCAUCAGUUUGCUGCCCAGUACGUUCUAAGCCGAGCUGCCGCUGAGCGACGUGAAAGAGAGCUUCUAGCCGGUUCUAGUUUAGGAGCAGGUCUCGGUGUGUUGACGAGUCAACCAGGUGGACCACAAAAUUUACAGCAACCACCAAUGUGCCCAUCCCCGUCGGCUCACUCCGAGAGCAGUAGCGGAAACGGAAGACUAUCUUCGGCCGGUAGUGAACCUGAUUUUUGUGCAGGGACCGGGCUACUGAACAACAACAACAACAAUAACAACAACAACAUGGCUUCACCGGGACCAAGCGGAAACAAGCUGAGCGAGAUGCUGAGAGCGGGAAGCCAAUCCACGGCUCAACAGUAUCACGACGAGAUGCAGUCUCAGCAACAAAGGAUGGCCGUGAUGGCUGCUGCUGUUCAAGCUGCUGGUCUUCAAAAUUCAGUCUCUCCUAACUUAUCAUCAGUAGAUGUGGCGUCCCUAGCAGCUGCCAUGAGAAUGGGCGGGAAUAACAAUGACAUUAAUGCGAACCAGCAAGGACAGACUGGACAACAACAGCAAGGUGUCCAGAAUAAUAACUCUGAACAGGCGUUGAGAAUGCAUCAAGCAGAAGCUCUGCUUCGAUCACAAGCGGAGGCUGCCCUCAGACUCGCGGUUUCCCAAGCAGCAGCUGCUGCAGCGAGUUCUGCGGUGGGAAGCGAUAUGAGGCACCAUUUAGGGCAGCACAAUGGCGGCGGUGGAGGCUCUGGCAUGCCAGGACACCACACGAACCAGCAGCUGUCCCAGCCAGACAGCCUGUCGCCAGAUCUAGGUAAGUCGCAACAGCAGCAUCAUCAGAUGAUGAUGAGGGGACUUAACGAGGACUUGCAAUCCCAAUCCGCAAACAAGCGCGUCAGAUUAACCGCAAGCCUGAUUCCAUCAUCAGGGGAGGCGCUCCGUCUGCAGGAGCAGCGAUUAGAGCAGGCUCUGAGGCUCCACGGCGAUCCCCGUGCUCUCGGGUUCACGCUCCAGCACGUUGUUAACCAACAGAACAAUCAGCAGCCAUGAAAGUUCAGUUACUACUGAGACGAGUGGACCCCUUGGGCGAACGAGUCGUCCUACCCGGACCAGAACCAGAUCAUGCAGCAGCAUCUUCAUCAGCAGCAGCAGCUUCAGCAGCAUCAGCAGCAACAGCAACUGCAAAGGUCGAUGCUUGCUGACCAGUCCGGGCAAGACCUUGAAGAGCGUGGUGUUAAAAGAAAAGCCGACGACAUUGGCGAAUCUUAAAGUCACCCACUAACCUCUUUCAAACUCUGUCCAAGCGGUCAUCUUCGAAAACACUCACUGUCUCAGCAGUUUUUCACUCAACUAUCAACUAAAGUAACUAAUUUAACUAAUUAAUUAGUAAAUAACUUAUCGGACAAUAUUCACUGGGCUUAGGUGUCUUUUGGUGAUGAUUGAUCAUCUGGCCCAGAUCGAUGUGCAUUCCAUCGAUUAUUCCGUUACAGAGUCCAUGGAAGUAACCAGUGGCGCCAUCUUACAUAACGCGCUGGUACUUUCCGACUCCAGAAACGUGCCAUACAAUAAUGAAUUGAGGAACAGACACUUAUCGGACAUUUAACACACGGGCUUGUUAUUUUGUUCGGUAAAUUUUGUUCUUAAAAUUGAUAAUAGCACUGUCUUAAAAGACACGUUAUGUAAAAAUUAGUCCGAGGUAUGUGUAAUGUUUUUUUACACAACCGAUAACUGUCCUGACCGACUUUAUCGACUGACUAUAUUAACAAUAUUUAAUAAUGUUAAAAAAAGAUUAAGUUAAUUAUACGGUAGGAUAAAAUAACAAUUAAUAUAACAUUAUUGAUAAUUGGUUAAUUACACUACACUAUUACGCGCAACUAAACUAAAUUGUACACAUUUGAUAAUUAGAGGUAAUUGUGUGCUUGGCGUGGCACAUAUUUAAUAAUAAUAAUGAUUUUAAUAUUAAGGUAUAAAUAAAUUAUUAGAUUAAGACGAAAUAUUGCAGUUAUAUAUAUAAAUAUAUAUAUUGUGUAUAAUAUAUAUGAUAUAUUAUAUAUGCGUACAUCACACACACGCUGAUAACAGUGACUUUCGUCUCGUUUAAUGAGAGUUAUUAAAUAUAAUUAUAAAUAAAUGCUAUAUAAAUAUAUAUAUAUGGAAAGGUAUAUAUAUAUAAAUAUAAAUAUAAAUAUAAAUAUUGAAAAUAAAGUAUAGGGUUUAUCAAAUUAGGAUAAGUGAAACUGGGACGGUAAUUAGCCGAGUGACUUAUUUCUAUUAAAUAAUUCGAGUGUGUGAGAGUGAAAUUUACUCGGGUAAUUACCGACGAUUGAAUGAAUUAGGUAAAUGAUGUGUGAGUGGUAUGUAUAUGUAUUUGUUUUUAUAUUUAUGUAUAUAUAUGAGCGUAUGGCAGUUUUGCGGCGGAACUUUUUCUGGUUUUGAUAAGAGUUGCGGUUUUGGAAUGAAAACUUAAAAUUGCAUGGAAAGUAAUGAGUUUAGAGACAAAUUUAAAGAAUACUUUUAUGUUUAGAAUCCAAUUUUCUAUCAAGUUUGAUGAUAAAAUUUCAGAAUCUCGGAAGUAUAAGGCCAUUUUUGGCCGUUUGAAAAAAGCGCGGGAAAAAUGAAUUGUGUAAAUUAUAAGUUUGUAAUAAAAACUUAAAAUUGCACGAAAAGUAUUGAGUUUAGAGAAAAAUUCAAAGAAUACUUUUUUGUUCAGAAUUGAAUUUCCUACCAAGUUAAGUGAUAAAAUUUGAAAAUCUCGGACGAAUAACGCCAUUUUUGGCCGUUUGAAAAAAGCGCGGGAAAAUCAAAUUGUAUUAUUUAUGUUUGCAAUAAAAACUUAAAAUUGCAC